AUGAUGACAUACAGUCGUUCUCUUUUUCCCGUUAAAUUCUAACCCAUCAUAAGUUGAUACAUUUUGGUGUGAAAUCGGGUUCUGUGGCUCAUAGAUCAGAUUUUCAUUUUGGCACUUUGAGGUAACUAGCUGUCAGUUGUGAUUUGAAGAUUAUUGACACACUCAACCAGAAAAAAAUAAAUAGCAGAGAAACAACCAUGACAAAGGUUUAGUUUUACACCUGUUGUCAAUGGAGGCACCACGUGAAACCUUGGGAGAAACCAGUGUUUGUAAAUCCAAGAAAAAAAUCAGUAUCUGUGACCUCCAUCUCUUAGACUUCAAGACGCGUUUGAAAUACAGUAUUCGUUACUCUCCGUAUUUCAUUUUGGAGGAGUUUCAGAGGUCUGAUAACCAGGAGAUAUAUUUGGAGGAGAUGCGCAAGCAUAAUCAAUGGAAACUUUCUCGCCAGGUGAAGAAAAGAACUGCUUUGAGGUUGGGUGUGGGUCGGUCUGGCACACCAGAUUCUCCUGACAAAAAGGUUGCUGCUAAAAGAUACCCGUUAGAUGCUGUUACUCGUGGUUCAGACAGUUCAGGCGAUUCAGAUUCUGAUGAAGAAGAUGCUAAUCCAGGGGAGCUGAAGUUGGCAACUAAAGAGUCUCGGCUUAUUAAGUUAAGUGACAUCACAAUCCAUCUUGAUGGAGGGCGAUAUAGAGAGACCACUGGUACCCUUGAAGCCCAUGUAAACGGGUUCCGGUAUUCCACCUUCAGUGCCAAUUUCCAGUUAGACUUUAUGUAUUAUGAUAUAAAGCAUUCUUUCUUCCAAGUUGACGAAGAGAAGAUGAUGCCGCUCUUGCACUUGCACUUCUAUGAUGACAUUAUGGUGGGGACUGAAAAGACAAAGAAUAUCCAGUUCCAUUUUGUGCACACCCUCGCGGGUAGGAAGAGAUAUGUUGAUGGUUCAGAUAAGAUUGAGGAAGAGAACCAAAAGAGGGACAUGGGUAUUGUGAAAGAUUUCCGGAAAUUUGUCUACGAAGUCGAAGCUAUAUGGGAUUCCCUGCCUAAAGUUAUGCUUCCAAUUGAUCCACCAGUAAGGAGGUGCGAAUUUCAUGGGGUUCCUCACUCGAAGACGAUGUCCGUUUUUGCGGUGACUAUGUUUUGCCUAAUUCAGCUGGCGGAAACACCUUUCGUUGUAGUCACCCUAAGCGAGAUUGAGAUUGUCAAUCUGGCACAGGUUGGAGCCGGACAAAUUGAUAUGACGGUUGUGUUCAAGGACUUCAGACCUGAUUUACUUAAAAUCAGGUCAAUUGCCUUGGCAUCGCUCACUGGGAUUAAAAAGUGGCUCAACAUAGCAGAUGUAAAGUACUAUGAGAACAAUGAGUAUGAUGGGUGGGAGACCAUGGGGAAAGAAAUCACAGAUGACCCAAAGAAGUUCAUAGACAAUGGUGGAUGGGAGUUCCUUAACCCUGAUGAGGCUAGUUCUGAUUCCGACUCUGGUGGAUGGGAGGUCCUUAACCCUGAUGAGGCUAGUUCUUCUGACUCUGAUAACUUAUAACGGAGGCUGUAAUUCAGAAGUACGUGACAAGUGAUGAUUAUUAUGGGAUAUAGAAUUACAUUCCGUGUACAAAAUAGCACGCGAAUCUGCUCUUAGGCCAACCUCUAUGGGCUAGAUUGGAGUGCUAGAUUGGCCAAAAAGUGUUGCAAAUCAAAAAAUAAGUGUUGAAAAAAAGUUAACAGUGAUAGUUGA